AUGGCCUCUCGGAGGGAGAGUAACGCGGAUCGUAACAUCGAUGCUCGUAAAGCUCUGGGUGUUCGCCCGGGUGGACGACCUCCACCGAGGUUGAUGUUGGAGCGACCUUCCCUACCCAAUGAUGCACCUUCUCCAACAGCUACUGCACCACCUUCACCCAAAUCACCACCUGGCUCACGAGAUGUUUCCAUCUCCGUACCGCCCCUCACCAUCCCUUCUUCUCCCACUGCAGACCAGCCCAAGCGAUUUCGAAGACCGACCAUCACCUCCAAACAAAAGCCAUCUAGGCUAGCAACCAACAAUAGAGGUCUAUAUGAGACGCAGAAAUUGCUCUCUCACUUACUAGAUAAGCUGGAGUCUCGAGAUGCUGCGCCUGACUUGCUGGAAAGAGCAGCGAUAUCAGCUAGGGAAAUUAGUGGGAGGAAUAAAGGCAAGUCGAAAGGCAAAGUACAGCGAAUAGGAAAUGUCUUGGCGCAUGCUGCUCAUCAUGCUACGGGUGGUAUACCUUCUACUCCUGCUUCUUCUUCGAUACUGUCUCCGCCUGGUACAGCGACGUCUUCAUCUCUUGGACCAGCGACUAUGGGGAUAGGAAGUGAAGAUUUUGAGGAUAUCAUUUUAGCGGAAGGUGAGAUUGAUACAGAAGCGAUAUAUGGUUUUCUCGAACAGACUAGGGGACUGCUAGUUUUAGCUGAAAAACAAGGACUGGAUUUAUUCGAAGAUGAACAUGGUGGCGGGAGACCUAGUAUACCUGGUGUACCGGUGUUAGACUCUACACCAGUCAAGAAUAAAAGAAAAGCAGGAAGGUUCUCUUCGAUAGCUCCCUUGGGAUCGAUCAAACCUUCUUUCUCCUUAUCAAGCAAUGAUACCAAUAAUCAGAAACAGGAAGAUCACCAUCCCAGGAAUUCACAUGACAAUCUAAUUGCAGGUCCAGUCCUCUUGGCUCGGAUAUUGCAUGUCUUGCAGACGCUAUUGACCGUGGAUUGUCUACAUCGAACCCAUCUGUUCAGACCGCUAUGUCCUCCAUAUGCCUUACAAGCUGCCUGUCUGGAUAUCGCAAGCUAUGUAUACGCGAAAUCCGGAACGGAUGCCAAGAUCAAAGUGGUUGGAAUGGUGGUAGAUGGGUUCUAUGGAAUGAGUGGGAUGUUAGAAAAAGUCUGCGAGUGGCUGGAAGGUAAAUUAGGCGAAUUAUUGGGUCGAUUAGCAAAGGAAAGAGGUGGACCAGGGAAGAAAGAUCAGGUGGAAGAUAUGGGUUGGACUGACCCGUUCUCAACGAAAGAAGCUCCUGGUAAAGCUGUUCCUACAUUCGCAAUAUCUACCGAUUCGCAAGACUCCUUACCUCCUCCACACAAUCAGUCUACACCAGGUUGGAAACGAUUCUCACCCACGUCGCCAUCGUUCCCCUUCUUCCCUCCAGGUGACAUUGCAGGUCUAUUAUCCACCUACGCUACGAGAGAUGCUUCACAUACGACUAUUGAAAUUGCUUCACUCGUUCCUCGAAUCUUAUCAGGUCUGACUACGAUGGUCGAUCUAAGUACAUCGAAAUUGACUACUAUUCAUCGGGUCCAUCGACUGCUCACACUUAUUCUCACGGCCAAACCGGAUUCUUCUCUUGACCUACUAGAGAUCGUCGCUCAUGCGCCUUCGAAGGCCAGACGAACUGCUCUAGAGAUUUUAUCGACAUUCUAUCCCACAGUUGUAGGGCAUAAUACCGUCUCCCGUCGAUUAGCAAAUACGACAUAUGCCGCUCACCGAGCCAAAUGGGAGACAGGCCAAGAAAGGGCUUUAGGUGAAGAUGAUGAUGCACAUUAUUUCAUACCUUGGAGAUGCUCAAGUAAAGAAGACCCUGAAAACACAGCUCCUAAGUGUGGAGUCUGCCAGUCGGAAGUACAUGGGUUCAUCGUCAGAUGUACGAUGUGCAAAGAAUUUAGACAUUUACACUGUUAUCAUACCGGUGGAGUGCACACUUACGAUGUCAUCACGUUGUCUUCCGAUAAUGUUUCGACCCCUCAUCAAAUGGUUCAUGUGAAAUUCUCACCUACUCCUCCGAGAUUAGACGAACAAGUGUUAUUUGGAUCUACGAUACGUGGGAAUGCCACUUCAACAAAGCGAAGAGUGGGUCAACAUGAUUUGAUCCUGGUCAAUCUUUUCAACCUUACACUAUGCGAUGCGUGUAAUAUUCCACUUUGGGGAACAACUGCUCAAGCGUAUAGUUGUAUCAACGGAUGUCAACGAUUCUUUCACUCGCAAUGUCUAGAUAAGUUGGAGAAGGAUAAUAGAGGUCAAUGCAGGUUCGGUAGAGAUGUGAUUAUAGAUGAGAUUUCGUCUCAGGGGAGUAAUCCAUUUGUCAUCUCCCUUUCACGCUUCUGGCAGUCAUUCAACAAUAUAUCCACCAAGCUUUGCAUAGGGAAAGACGAUAUUCAGAGGAAGACGUACGAUGAAAUAGCAAUACUCUGGGGUGAAUUAUGGAUUCAAUAUCAAUUACUCAAGAAUGGAUUAUCAAGUGGUAGUUUGCGGAUCACCGACUAUAAUGUCAAGAUCGAACCCGAUCUAUUGAAUAUGAAAUCUACCUUGAAGUUAUAUGAAGAACAGUUGAAAUCAAGAUACUCGGAAGCUUCACCUGCUUCCAGCGACUUUACACAUGUCAUUGGUACUGAAAUGCCAUUGGGAUGUGGGUAUCUGUUCUACGAUAGGUUCCUCACCUACGUUAUUGCGCUACUACGAGCUCCUUCGUCGACCAAUCCGAUGGCAAGUGGAACGCAAACUCCCUCAGAUGGAUUACUUACGCCUGUGGGAUUACCUGCUCCGAAUGAAGCGGUGGAUGGUAAUGAAGGUUCAUACGAGAUGUUACCGUUAUCAAUCAUCUCUUCUUCCCUUUCUUCGGACCUAGGUAUAUCAGAUCAAUAUAUAUCGACAGUAUUCUUAACUCAACUUCGAUCGAUUGGAUUAAUCACUAUCAACAAUAAACUCUCUGUCACUGCUGAAGACUUGACUUCACCUAAUAUAUGGGCGGGUUUCAACCUACCAUUGUUAAUUGAUAAUUCACCUACGAUCGAAAUUCUCAUAUCCACCAUCGAAGUCUUAUUAGAUGAUAUGGAUCUAUCCCUGAACGAACAAGGAUUGAGGUUGUUGACUGAAAGAUGUUGGCCUAGCGGACUAUGUUCACCUUAUGCGUUGGAUAGAUUAGGUAAAUCGGUGAUUGAUUGGAUAAUGAAUCAUGAUGAUUCGUUAUUACAGAUUGUCAAACAUUACGCAUCGAAACAUCGGAAAUUGCCUGGAUUGAAAAUCUCAAACAAGAAUAUCAAUGCUAAUCAGAGUUCGGUGAAUAUGUAUCAGGAUGAUAGGAAUAGAUUGAUGGAGAAAUACGCGAAAGGGUGGUUGAGGGCUUUACAUGAUUUAGAUCCUAUACCGUACGCAGCUAUGGUUUAUGAAGAAUGUAAGAAUCCCCUGGCAGCUAGUAAAUUGAACUACGACAGUGAAGAAUCGAAUGAUCAGCUCGCAUCGAAAAUGGCUGGUAUAGCCCUAGAGAGGAUGACUGCUGUAGUCGAUGCCGAAGUGAUAUUUUCUACUCUGAUGGAAUUGGUCACUGCUUGGCUAGAAGAUUUAGGUGCUUUAGCAGAUCAGGACGUGGUGUACCGUUCUCUCCCCCGACUUCUGCGCCAUUCUAACUCUACUCCGUCAUCGUCAUUCGAUCAAACGGACUUAUUCUCUUUAUCUCUUUCGGUCUCCCAGUCUGGUCCAGAAGGUCUGAUCAGAGUCUGUAGAUGGCUCAGAGUCCUCUCGUUCUCGGGAGUAGAGAUUCCAUGGAAUGUUUUGAUUGAUCUGGUGGAAUUACAGUCAACGACACAAAGCGAAGUAGCUGCGAGACUCGAUCUGGUCAUUGCAGUAGGAGCGAACGGGAUGAGCAUGGAUCCGGAAGAAUUUGCUGGACUGUGUGCUAAAGUCGGGAAAGGGAUUUUCAGCGAUUUGGGCAAAGGCUCUGGUACUGGUUUAGCGCAUAUUGAACCCGACUUGAUCAGGCAAAGUAUGUUACUUUGUCUUCGGGCGUAUGGUGUACCUUUAGACGACGUCGCGCAAACUUCGUUAAAUAGUGGAGAGCUGCAUACGAAACAACCUGCAAGUAUGUCGAAGAAAAAACGGGCUCCGAGUGGUCGAAUUGUCUUCUCCCUCGAUAAGGAGAUGGUCUUAUCGGCUGCUUCGGUUUUGGAUCGUGCAGGGUUUCCUCGGGAGAUGGUACUGGAUUUUUUAUGGUUGAUCUUUACGAAAGCUUCGAUGGUGGACAAUGUGGAUGGAUUCAUACACCGUGCUUGUUCGAAGCUAUAUCCAGUGAUAUGGCCUUUGGUGGAUGCUGCGGUCGAUCGCAAGAGCCGUACGAGGGUGAUACUGAGGAUGUUAAGUGUGAAUUCGAAUUCCUUAGAGAAGAUCGUCAGGGAACAACUUGAUUCUGGACCUGAGGGGAGGGCUAAAGUUCGCGAACGACUCCUCACUUUCAUACUCGAGUUAUCCGACUCCAGUCUCGUCUUCGAAUUGACUUCAUGGCAAUCCUCAGCGGUCGGGUUGAUCUUACUUCUUUUCGAUGUUCUGACGGAUACCACAGAGAUGAUACCUGAUAAUCUAGUCAUACUUCAAUGUUUACUUCCAGCUCAACUACAAGCCAUGUCUUUGUGUUUCGAAGAUUACUUGGUUAGACAUAGUGACGAAAAGAGAUUAAUCUUGUUGACUAGGUUGAGGAGAUUAAGAUUGAAUUUACCCACUUGGCCUAUCAUCUCUUGGACGAAGAUCGAAGAAUUGCUGGCCGAAGAAGUGGCUUCUAUAACUCAACUGCGUCCUGGUCGGGCUUCUCAAACGAUGAAUGCCUUAAUGGAUUCUCAAACCGUUCGAUGCUCAUUACUUUCUCUAGGCUUAGACAUGCUAUCGUCCGGGGUCAGCGUACCCUGGAUCAUAGCCCAGAGAUUCCAACAACACGUUGCCUCCUGUCUCUCUCUACCUUGGACGAACCCCAUUGAAGGAAUCACCUCUCUCGUCCUUCCGUCCAUCCGGGGUGUAUUGGAUAGUUCAGCAAGGAUCACCAUAUCUGGUCAAACAUUUGAAAGCAAAGCUAAGAAGACUGCCCUGGUAGGAGCACUCUUCGUACCUAUCGUGAUAGAUUUGGGAAGUGAAUUGGGCAAAUUCGAAUAUCUCACUCAGAGAACUUUAUUGGAUAUUCUCAUGGUCACGUUCUUCAAGCAAAAUGUACGAACGGUAGAACUGGCUGCUCUCAGCUCAUUACAGACUCUCGCUCAGUUUGUAGCUACUACGGAAUGCGCGGAGAAUAGGUUAUUGGCUUUGCAGAUCUUGCAGACUGCACCAGUCAGGAUGGAUCGGGGGAGUGUAAUAAGGGCUGUACCAUCGGUAUUUGCUACCAUUGCUGGAGUGCUGGUCAAAGAGAACGAAGCUGAGCAUGCUGAUUCGGCAGUACUUGAGCAGAGUCGAGUAUUCUUGAGAGGAAUUAUCAAAAGCUUCGGACGAUCUGGCUUGUUCAUUCAGCUAUUCAGAAUUGAAGAUCCUGCUACCUACAAGCAUAACGAACCCUCGAGUCUGGGUAAAGCCCUUCAACUACUUCAUGCGACUGAGAAGACUUUAGAAGGACAGCCGUCGGUUUUCGAUAAUGUUUUCCACAAUCUGUCGGAUGUACUCAAACGUGGUCGUCAGACUAUUGAUCAGGUUCUGGUCUCGCUAUGCAGGUUCUCGGAAUCUUUGCAAGUGGAGCUAUCUGAGGAUGUUGCUCAGAACUUCGGACUAUUCAUUGCUAGAUUGGGUAAACAAGUCGCUGAAUAUGAUCAACACGAGUUUGAUCCUAACCCGGCAUUGAAGACUUGCGCCGCGAUUUUAGACUUGGUACAGCCCAUUGCGUCAACAACACUGCUACAUCAGCUAUCCACGUUCCUCCAUCUUGCAUUCACCCGUUUCAAUGUAUCGCACGAUACGUUAUCAAAAUUGUUAGCUGUCUCAGAGAGGGUAGCGCGAGGUCAGUCUACCGAAGAUACAGUCAGGACCGUCACUUUCGAACUGGCUGGAUCUAUAGUACAUGGAUUGAAUGUAACCCCUGUCACACUUCUUACGCUACUCAACUUCCUCGCUGUCAAUGCUUUCCCCGACCACGACCUCGACGCUCGAAGCUUUACUCAACAGAAACGAGUACUUGGGGAUUCGGUACCGGGAUGUGUACAGAUCUUACUUCGUACCCAUCCGACAUUCGCUGUUGGAAAGUUAGAUGCAGAUGUAACUUCGGCAAUAAUGAUGAAAACUGCUACGGUGCUGUGUAAGGCGGAGAUGAUCGUUCAGGGGAUCAUCAGUCAGAACUUGGGGAACAUCACGUCUGAGGCAUCGUCUACCCAAGUCAAUUUGUUUAUCUUCCUACUUCUGUCUUCGCUAGAUCUACAAAUGGGUUCAGCGAGAAAACGUAUCAUAUCGCUCUACCCACUGCUCGCUCGAGCCACCUCUCUAUGCCUUCGAGCUUCCGCAGACUUCCUUACUUUACAGGACACCGCAGGAGACGGCGCAGAACUUCUGUCAGUAGUGUUUGUGGUAUUCCGGUUGACCAUCUUGGCUUUACACGAUUCAGAGGCCGGCAAUAGUACGUUGAUGAGCAAUAUGGAAGAGGACGCCAUGGACACUUUCUGGUGUAGAAUUUGGCCAGAUUGGUAUAGACUCUUGACAAUCUCAUUGGAUUCAUCAUGCGUUAACGGACCAUUGAAAGCUGUAUCACACAGUGUAUUCCUCGAUACGAUCAUCUUCCUCGGUCAGGUACAUUCGUCCAUUUUGACCAAACAUUCAGGAACACUAUCGCACGCUUUGACUGUCCUGGUUAAACAUCACGAAUCGCUUUCGUCAGCGAGUGGUGGGAAGAUGCAGAAAGCUGCUCAAGUUUUGGAUCGGAUCUCGAAUGGGGUGGGAAUUGGACAUGUUAGCAAUGAUGAUAGGGGGACGAUUGUAAGUAAUAUAAAGAAGGAUCUGAGCGCGACGGAAAGAUUGAAAGCUCUUAAGGCUAUGUAA